AGUCGGAUCCCGGCAGCAGCUGCGGCGCCCGCGUCUUCCCGAGCUCUCGUCGCCGUCUCCUUUUCGCUUCCGGAAACAUGGCUUCCGGCGUGGCUGUGUCCGAUGGUGUCAUCAAGGUGUUCAAUGACAUGAAGGUGCGCAAGUCGUCCACCCCCGAGGAGGUGAAGAAGCGCAAGAAGGCAGUGUUCUUCUGCCUGAGCGAGGACAAGAAGAACAUCAUCCUGGAGGAGGGCAAGGAGAUCCUGGUGGGCGACGUGGGCCAGACCGUGGACGACCCCUACGCCACCUUUGUCAAGAUGCUGCCCGACAAGGACUGCCGCUACGCCCUCUAUGACGCGACCUACGAGACCAAGGAGAGCAAGAAGGAAGACCUGGUGUUCAUCUUCUGGGCCCCAGAGUCUGCGCCUCUUAAGAGCAAAAUGAUCUACGCCAGCUCCAAGGAUGCCAUCAAGAAGAAGCUGACGGGAAUCAAGCACGAAUUGCAAGCAAACUGCUACGAGGAGGUCAAGGACCGCUGCACCCUGGCAGAGAAGCUGGGGGGUAGCGCCGUCAUCUCCCUGGAGGGCAAGCCGUUGUGAGCCCCCUCCAGCCCCCUGCCUGGAGCAUCUGGCGGCCGAGCUGCCUCCGGGGGUUGCAGGCUGCCCCCUUCCUGCCAGACCUGAGGGGCUGGGGGAUCCCAGCAGGGGGAGGGCAAACCCUUCACCCAUUUGCCAAACAGCCCCCCCACCCCCCGGACCUUCUUCUUCCCUCCAUCCCCGACGGUUCUGGCCUUCCCAAACUGCUUUUUGAUCUUCUGAUUCCUCUUGGGUUGAAGCAGACCAAGUCCCCCCCCCAGGCACCCCAAUUUUGGGGGACCUGUAUUUUUUUUAACGACACCCCACCUCCCCACCUGCUUCCCCUUUCCCAUGCUGCCAACUCUAACCACAAUAGUGACUCUGUGCUUGUCUGUUUAGUUCUGUGUGUAAUGGAACGUUGUGGAGAUGACCCCCUCUGCGCGCCUCACCCCUCCCCUCCCCUUGGCCUCUCCACUCCUGGAGCACUAAGACUAAGGGACCUUCAAUUAAAAAAACACAACAAUAAAAAAAAAA